UUUGUUUGAGGUGUGUUGAGCUAUUGAGUGAGCAUCUUGUGUCUGAUCAGGAUGGUCCUCCUGUCAUUAUCGACAGCCGACAUCUCACUAGUAUUGCUAUUCACCACAUCAUCACCGCCACCACCACUACUACUCUCUAGAAAAGGCGCUAGCUGGUUCAGCCACACGUACGAUACAAGGCACGUCAAUCCCACCCCCAGUAUAUCCAUCAGCACCUGUAUACACGCGCUGGCAUGGGCAGGGUCCACCCCGCACGCCCGCAGCACCAAAGGCAGCAGCGUCCCCAACAAAGCACUGGUCAGGACGAUCACGAACAUGCUGGUACAAAUGGCCAUCGACUCGAUGAGAGUGAUGUCAAAUAGGAACACCCGUAUAAACGACGCCAGGAACAGGCAAGUGGCCAGCUGCACGCCGGUCCACAAUUGCGAUAGAAGGAAGCGCCAUAGGCCCUUGUCGGUCGGAAUCUUGCCGACAGCGAUGCCGCGGAUGACCAGGACGGCACUCUGGCCGCCCGUGUUGCCGCCAGCACCCACAAGCUGACAGCAGAAACCAGACGCACGUUGUGCGUGUUUGUGUCUAUCCGUGUGAGCGUGUGAAUGUGGGUAUUACCAUUGUGAGGAAGUAGACGACGACGGGGUGCUGUUGUAUGAGGGCAUCGAAUCGCUUGAGGAUGAAGCUACUGGUCGACUGCAGCAGCAACAAACCCACCAGCCAACACACACGGUGCCUGACGCCACAGCAGACAGACAGACAGACAAGACACACGUACACCCACUGCUGCCGCACAGAGAUGUAUGGUCGUGCUGCCUGCCCAUCCACACCAGAAUAUGUCCAGCGAGUCGGUCAUAUGCGUGGGAGUGGAGGGGGGAGGCGGACAGUGGGAACCGCACCUGAGCGAGAAAGAGCAUCACAGACACACGCAUUGACCAACGGACACGACAGCAUGCUCAUCCUGACAGGGUGCGACGUACCUCCUGUCGUGCGAUAUUGCGGUACCGUCCACGUUGCCCAUAUCGCCCAUCUCACGGCCGUCGACGCCGCCCUGCCGCUGCCGCUCCAGAAGGCGAACAACCUGAGAACCCGCAGAGAUUGCGAAGACGGGAAACUAUGUAGGCGUGUGUCUGUGUGUGUGUGUGGUUGGCUGACCUCCUGCAGCCUUCUAAUCUCUGCUCUAUGCCUUGAAAUCUCCUCUUCGUGCUGCAGCGAUAGGGAGAAGGGGCUCUCGAUGUCAUUCCCCAGCACCUGAAACGCACACAGCAGGUGAGAAAAGGUGAGCAUGUGCCUGUGCAUCGUCUCUCACCUCCCCGUUGGCGUCACAGCAGCUCCCGUUGCUUUCAUUCUCAGCGAAGGAUGUCAGUGGGUAGGUCUCCUGGACGAGCUCGCUGCUGCUGCUGCUGGCAUCUGAUACGUUGUGGUGUCUACGCAUAGCGGAGGGGGGAAACAGCGGCAUCCAAUUUGGCGGACCACGCGAUCUGCGAGCCA